GGCGGGCAAGGGCUGCAGCAGCUGCACUGGGCUGGGAACAGCCGGCGAGCGGAGCACGGCUGGCGCCCCGCACCUGCCCGCCCUGCGCUGAGCGUCAAGAGCAGGAGGCUGUCUGCACGGGGUCAGUCCGUGCGGGGACGCCGGGAAAGGUGCUGCUCUUGCCCCUCGGCCCAUUGUCCAGACGCGGCUAGCGAGGCUCGCGGAGCCGGGGAUGCAGGUGGAACCCGCCAGCACCUUGCCACCCACGGAGAGAUCCGCCCGGCCCGCGGUCGUCCCACGGCUCCGAGGUCGGGACAGUGACCUCAGCCGACCCGCGAGGCCAGAGCGCCUCUCUCCUCCGCUUCGACGCCCUCUCCGUCCGCCCUCGGCCGCAUCUCCGAGCGUCCUGCGCCGGCACCCCGGGCCGGGCUUCCCGGAGUUGGCAGCGGGAGGCGAGGCGGACGGCCUCGCGAAGGAACUACAGCUCCCGUGAGGCGCUGGACCCGCGCAGGCGCGUCGGGGGCCUCAGCCGCUGCUCCGGGAUUCCAUUGGCUGGGCCGGCUCGGAGCCGGGAAUCCUCAUUGGCUGACAGCCUGAGGCAACGAUUCCGGAAAGGGGAAGAGCAGCCAACAUGGCGGCGGAACGCGGCGCGGGGCAGCAACAGUCGCAGGAGAUGAUGGAAGUUGACAGGCGGGUCGAAUCCGAAGAGUCGGGUGAUGAAGAAGGGAGGAAGCUUGAUGGCAGCAGUGUGACAAGCCUCAGCAGACAGAGCCUGAAGGAUGGGGAGGACCAGGGGAAAGAGAACCCAGAAGAAGAACAUGAGCUGCCUGUGGACAUGGAAACUAUCAACCUGGACAGAGAUGCAGAGGAUGUGGACCUGAAUCACUAUCGCAUUGGGAAGAUUGAAGGGUUUGAGGUUCUGAAGAAAGUGAAGACUCUCUGCCUCCGUCAGAAUUUAAUUAAAUGCAUUGAGAAUCUGGAGGAGCUACGGAGUCUUCGAGAACUGGAUCUUUACGACAACCAGAUCAAGAAGAUUGAGAAUCUGGAGGCGCUGACGGAGCUGGAGGUUCUAGAUAUUUCUUUUAAUCUGUUGAGAAACAUUGAAGGGAUUGACAAGUUGACGCGACUGAAGAAACUCUUCUUGGUCAACAAUAAAAUCAACAAAAUUGAGAACGUGAGCAACUUACACCAACUAGAGAUGCUGGAGCUGGGAUCCAACCGCAUCCGGGCGAUUGAGAACAUCGACGCCUUGACCAACCUGGAGAGCUUGUUUCUGGGGAAAAAUAAAAUCACUAAACUUCAGAACUUGGAUGCACUCACCAACCUGACAGUUCUCAGCAUGCAGAGCAACCGGCUGACCAAGAUCGAGGGGCUACAGAGCCUGGUGAACCUGCGGGAGCUCUACCUCAGCCACAACGGCAUCGAGGUCAUCGAGGGCCUGGAGAGCAACAACAAACUCACGAUGUUGGACAUUGCAUCAAACAGAAUCAAAAAGAUUGAAAAUGUCAGCCACCUAACAGAGCUCCAGGAAUUCUGGAUGAACGACAACCUCAUCGAGAGCUGGAGCGACCUGGACGAGCUGAAGAGCGCCCGCAGCCUGGAGACGGUGUACCUGGAGCGCAACCCGCUGCAGAAGGACCCGCAGUACCGGCGGAAGGUCAUGCUGGCCCUGCCCUCCGUGCGGCAGAUCGACGCCACCUUCGUCCGGUUCUGAGUCCUCGUCCUCGCCCGGUCCCUCUCGAAAGAACUGCCCAGCCACGGUUUUUUAUCCUCCGUUGCUCCUGAAGUCGUCACUUUAUCCGCAGUCACGGGCCAGCGGCAACAACGGGCUCCGCCGGCCGCGCCGUGCAUGAAGCCGCUGGCCGCCGAGGCGCGUCACCAUUAAACCUUGCCACCGUC